GUGAAAUUGCCUUGCAACUCAUUACGAACAUCCAUCACCUGCAUGACUCAUGCAACAUGAGAAGACGGAUGAGAGACAGAUAUGCUGACGUUAGCAGGGAGAUUGUUGCAAUGAUUGCAGAACAUUGUGCUGUUGAGCAAAGACUUCACAAUAUUGUCAAUGAUGUCUUGGCUCGGCAUUCAAAUCAAUCUGAGCCCCAAGCUGUUUCGUUGCGGGAACGAGACACAGACCCAAAUCAAAUUACCACAAGGACAAUAAAUACAGAAACAGAAGCCAGAGAAGCUGUUUCGUUGCGGGAACAAGACACAGACCAAAAUCAAAUGACCACAAUGCCAUUAAAUAUAGAAAUAGAAGCCAGAGGAGACAUGUUGUCAACAAACACAUUGGGUUGCUUCUCGCAAAGCAAUACUGAUGAAAUUACAGAUGAGCAGAUUCUGGAGAUCCUUGACCCAGACAGAGGGACCGAUGAUACAAUGGAUGAUUCAAUGUACAGAACAACAGCUGCAGACAACACACAAAGCAUUUUUCAUCUUUUUGAGCAGUUCAAAACAGUGGAAGAUUUCCUCAAAGAUGACAACAUGCAUGUAUCAGUAAACCCAACAACAGUGACAAUUUUGGAGCAGACCUCUAAUCUGGACUUUUCCUUUGACAUUGACGGUGUCGUGAUAGAACUUGAAGGAAUGUCAGCUGUUAAAAUACAUAUCCAAUAUCUGAAAUUUCCAAAAGCCAUCAAGACAACAAUUCGACCAGUGUUUCAUCUGCUCAAAAAGCAUGUCAAACCAAAACAUUACUCCACCAGGGGCUUUAAAUGCUUCCAACAUUCACAAGGGAUGACCCUUGCACAAUCACAGGGAUGGGAAAUAACACUCUGUCUCAUUCCAAACAACCACAACGGGGAUGUAUCAAUUGACUCAACCAUCGGGAUGGUGGAAAAAGCUGUUGAAUAUUUCAACGCUGUUCUGGAAACCUUCUGCAGUUUGUUAAGGAUCAAGACUUCAUUUUUCAACUUCUCGACCAUGCAAUUCAAACCCAACCCAUCACCUGCCUGAAACCAAUAUUCAUUAUGA